AUGUUGAAAAAUUAUUUUGAAGAAAAAGCUGCAUCAAAAGUCACUAGAAAAGCAGAUCAUUUACAAAAAUUUUUUAAAGCUUUGCAGGAAACUGUAAGAACUUUUUCACCUCAUCUUCAAAUUGAAAUUAAAUCAGAAAUAUCGAAUUUAGUCAGCGAGUAUGAAUUGAAACAAUUAAUGAUAAACGAAAUUACAAAUAAUCAUCCAGUACAUCCUCAAGUACCUUUAGUAGACUCUAAUAUAACAUCAUCUUCUGUAUCCUAUUCACCUCUUUUAAGCCCAAUCAAUCGAGACAAGAAUACAGUAGCACGUUCAAUCCAAUAUAUCUUCACCAACACGAACACCUACUCCACAGUUAGUUUUUAG